AUGUCGCGCUGCGACAGUUUCCGAUUGGCAGCUCCCUCCGAAUGCUCAUUACAGAGCAAAGCUCGGAUCGACGCCUUGUUCGAGGAUUCGCGUUCGGUGUGCAGCUCAAGCUGGUGCACGUCCACGAGCCUCGUACCUCGUAACGUCGGAUGUUGCACUGCUGCAGAUGAAGAGCAGCAACGUCGAGUUAAUAGUGCCGUACAAGCGCGCAUCGAAGCUAUGUUCGCUUCGGUCGAAGCUGAAAGUUCUACACCCGGAGAAUGCGCUGCUGCAGUGCUACCGGUAAAAUACAUGGGUGCAGCCACAGUAGGCGGACGUGUAGCAUCAGUACGCGGUUUACAGGAGCCACUGCGUCAACUGGUAGAACGAAUCGGCGACUCAGUGAACGCUGAACUUGAAGUCUCACGGCGUGGUCUCACAUACCGUACUAGCGAAGUACAUGAAAAAAAUAAUCCUUUCCGCAGAAUUGCUGUGUGGAGUGCCUUGAAACUCCAGACUCGGCGUCGUCCAAACUCGAACAAUUCAGAAGACUUGCUAUACGCCUUCGUACCCCUAGUGGCUGACGAGAUUCCAAUGAUAAACAACGAAGAUCGUCACACAGAUCUCUACCGUACGAUGCGUGGCUUGGCAAAGAACGCAGAAGAUUACCCGCCAAUCUUUGCGGUGGUGAUGCGUCGUCCAGGAGCAGCUCGCUUACUAGAGUGUCACGCGUUCGCUUGUCGCUGCGAUGAAGAUGCGAUUGCUGCUGCGGCUACUCUUUAUCGUGCUUUACUGGCCGAUCUCGAAGCAACUGCAAGGAGACCCAGACAGAACAAUGGACUUGGCUGUGUGAGCUUAGCGUCGGUGGUGUCAAGCACCAGGGAAACUAGUCCUGCUAGGAGCAGAAGGUGUUCCGUGUUCCGAGAGAAUAGAGCUGGUCAUGUACUUAUUGAAAAGGUGCCGCCCCCGCCACCCCCACCUCCAUCCCUUGGUCGUCCGGUAAGACCACCACGAUCGAAGAAGAGUUCAGUUAGCAGUGUGAACACAGAAGAUGAGCUUAGUUCAUCAACAGUAACUCCCAUAAAUGUCAGCGAUGUCAUUGAAAAAAAUGGUCGUCCACGAAAAAAGAAAAAUUCAGAUAUCAAGGCUGAAGAUGUACUCGAGGCACGCCACCGUCGACUUUCGUUAUCCAAGGAUUUUAAUAUAAACGAGUCGAAAGCUUUAGCUAAUUCUUCUGGUUCACUGUCUGCCAACGAAACGAGCCAAGAAAGGCGUAUGAAUGCCAAGAAUAAAAUUUACGGUUCUCGAAGUUUGAACAGUCAGGUUUUACUGGGAGGGACGCAGGUCAUUGAGAAAAUGAACAAAGAGAAUAAAUUCUACAAUGAAAAAUUGCCGUCAAGUGAUCGCACACGUAGCGGUUUCUAUGACUUCGAAUUUUCGAAUGAGAAUAGCCUGUACGAAAGUACCCGAAUCUAUGCGAAGACUUGCAUUGCUGAAAUGAAGCUAAGCGAUCAACGUAUUUAUGAAGCAGCCCGUCCAUCCAAUAGUUCAACAGCUAGUUCAUCAACAUUACGCCGGGAUUCUUAUGCAGCGAGGCCACCUCCUUCACCUUAUCACAUUGAAAAUAUAUCGAACUAUGCUGGACAGCGUCGACGUAGUAUCAACUCCACUGGGCAUUGCGAUCAUUUCCGCGAUGUUGAUAAAAUUUACAGCUUAAACUCGGAAGAAAUUUAUGACGAAAUGAAUACCAAUAAACACGGUAUUAAACGGAUGGAAAAUAGGCUGAUUGAUCAUAAAAGAGCCAGCAGACAAACGCCAGCAAGCAUGCGAAGUAGUAUCUCCGAACAUUCUUCUUGUUCCUCCAAACGACUCAAUCGAGUUUCUACAAUGGAUCGACCAAUACGCAAAUCAGGCAAUGAAACUCGAAAGCAUGCCACAUCGACUACACCACACCAACACAAGCUUCAGCAACAUCAGCAAGAGCGCAGGCGAAGUCGUGCCGGCAGUGAACCACCUACGUCCCGAAUCGAAGCUACAGCAGCUCAAACGUCUGCAAUGCUGAAACGCUCUCAAAGUGACGUUGAUGUGGAUAAAGGUGAUUUGUUAACCAGAGUAGAACUACCCAGAAGAGGAAGUUUCUUAAAACCCGAAAGCUUGAGAAAAAGAGAUGGAAUCGAGGGUGGAAAUAGCAGUACACCGCUUGGAUUUACCGAAUUAUUUGAUGAAUUUAGAAACCAAGAAGGAUUGACCAGUGUUGACGACAUUCUUGCUGCCAUUAUCGAUCCAGAAGGCAUGUCAUUUAAUGAUUUGAAACCUCUGUACAAAGAAUUUCUUCUUAAAUUAGCAGCAACUCUCACACAGGAUGAAUUAUAUCAGCGCUCUGCAAGUAUAAUGCGUCGACGUCGUCGACCGCAGCGCCGACGUUCAAGUCGUGCGAGUAAUCGCCCUGCACGUUUGCUUCGCCGAGCAAUAAAACGCUCGGUAUCUAGACUCAAAAGUAGCAGCACCGCGCCGACCGAAUUCACCUCUGUUAUCUACCCGGCGAGAAAGUUAAAUGACCGCGGUAGUUAUGGAAGCUCGUCUUCGUGUAAUGUUACCAAAGGAGGACACAGGCACAAGGGUAGUAAAGUGUUGGCGAGCAAGCUGGUCAGAAGAUCUACGACAAGAUGCAGUAGCUCAAAGAGCAGGAUUGGACAGACUACGUCUGAGGACAGCGAUACUUGUCGAAGAGCAAAUCGCAGCUUACUUGCAGCAAAUCGUAGCAGCAGCGGUUAUGUCAGCUGCAGCGAGUGCAGUUACGAUUCUGAAUCAUGUACAUGUAUAUCGGCGGAUAAAUGCUACUGCUCGCUAUCGCGUAGCAGUAAGACACCUCAAGAUGCUCAGCCAAUACCUCCGCCUCCCAUGACAAUGUGCUCGUGCGAUACAGACAGUUGCUCCGAAAGCAACAAAUGUUACUGUGCGAGAAGACCGAAGAUACAUCAACAGCAGCACAAGCAACCAAGUAUUUUAGAACAGUUAAGGCAAAAAGGUAUCGUACCAUCAGACGGUACCUUGAGCAGAGGCGUAAGUCCUGAUAGAAGUAAGACAUCGAGAACUAUUAGUAAAUGUCUGGCUUCAUCGAAGAGUUUGGAAUAUCUGAGGAUACGGUCGUCGUCAGUACGUGGAAGCGCCGAUAAUCUCGCACUUGACUACGACCUUUUCCGACCAGGAGGCAAUAGCCGACGUCGUUCUUCGCAAUGUUCAUCGGGCAGCGAGAAAGUCUUGGUAGUUAGUGCAAGAGAUCCUCAAGGUCGAUUAAUUUACGUCGGCGGUACCGAAAGCGGCGAUGUUAAAGAUUCUUCUCGUCGUGGCCAGAGUAAAAAAAAACGUAACCAUGGAAAUGCUGUACCUGGACAUCACGAGGCGCUGUCAAUUAAGAAAAGUGCUGAAAUUGCAGCGGUCUUUGGUGGACAACACAGACUAGGCAGAAGAACUAGCAGUGCUUCGAGCUUAAAAAGUUCAAUUAGCCUUGAGGCUGGCUUGGGAUAUUUACCUUGA